AUGUUUGCAAGAACGAUUACCACAAGAUCUAUAUCAAUUGCACAGAUAAGAAACAAAAUAAUUCCGGUUUCAGCGAGACAUUUCAGUAGUAAUAACAACAAUAAUGAAUUUAGAGAAGAGAUUUUUCAGAAGUAUCUCAACGCAAUGGAUCAUAGCAUACGACCUCCAGAGGGGUAUAACAAAGAUAACGUUCCACCACACAUCGACAAAAUAGGCACACACAAGCAAACUUUUUAUACGCCUGAUAAACCUCUACAUUCACCCGAAUCAUCAUAUGACAUUACAAUAUCCAAACUUCUUUCUGCUGGCUUACAUCUUGGUCACUCGACAUCGCUUUGGAACCCAGUAACUUUUCCAUUCAUUUUUGGAACGCGAGCCGGAAUUUCGAUCAUUAAUCUCGAAUAUACCAUCGUCUAUCUUCGUCGUGCCUGCAAGGUCGUGAGAGAAGUAGCUCUUCGCGGAGGACUUAUUCUUUUUGUUGGAACUCGGCCAGGAUUCGCACAAGCGACGGUAGAAGCAGCGAGACGAUGCGACGGAUAUCAAGUGACUAAGCGAUGGUUACCUGGCACUAUAAGUAACUCGCGGCAGAUACUCGGAAAGUUAACACCCACACAUCCUGAUGACGGUGGUGGGCUACCGGAAGUGUUUAAACCAGACUUGGUUAUCGUGUUGAAUCCACUGGAGAAUGCAAUUGUUCUCGCUGAGACUAAGCAGGCGAAUAUACCGACUAUUGGAAUAACUGAUACUGACUUUGAUCCGCGUAAAGUUACGUAUCCCAUCCCGGCUAACGAUGAUUCUGUACGAGGUAUUACGCUUAUUGCUGGAGUCUUGAGCGUUGCUGCGAGAGAUGGUCUCAACCACAGGAAGAAAUUGUUGAAGGAACAAGAGGAAAGAGAAGCUGGUAAACUGGGCGUCGUUAAAAUGAUGGUUCAGGCAAUGGAAGAAUCGAAACGAGAGGAGGAAGAAAUGAUUGAUAAUUUUGAAGAAACAGAAGAGACAAAAGAAUAA